CACAUUCCUGGGCGUCUCGUCACUUCCCCUGCGCUGGCGAGCCGAGCGAACUCACUGAGCAACGCGGCCGGGCUAUGACCCGAGAGGCGCUGCUGCUGCUGGUGCUGGGGGCGCUGGGGGCGCCGCUCGCCCCGGGCGUCCGCGGCACGGAGGCGGAGGGCCGGCUCCGCGAGAAACUCUUCUCUGGCUAUGACAGCUCGGUGCGGCCGGCGCGGGAGGUGGGGGACCGUGUCGGGGUCAGCAUUGGCCUCACCCUGGCGCAACUCAUCAGCCUGAACGAGAAGGAUGAGGAGAUGAGCACAAAGGUGUACUUAGACCUGCCCCCGACAGCCCCUCAGCCUCUGCUCCCACAGGAGUGGACUGACUACAGGCUGAGCUGGGACCCCGCGCAGCACGAGGGCAUCGAUUCACUCCGCAUCACGGCCGAAUCCGUGUGGCUUCCGGACAUUGUGCUCCUGAACAACAAUGACGGGAAUUUUGAUGUUGCCCUGGACGUGAACGUCGUGGUGUCUUCCAAUGGUUCCGUGCGCUGGCAGCCUCCAGGACUCUACCGUAGCAGCUGCAGCAUCCAGGUCACCUACUUCCCGUUCGACUGGCAGAACUGCACCAUGGUGUUCAGCUCCUACGGCUAUGACAGCUCAGAGGUCAGCCUGCGGACCGGCUUGGGUCCCGACAAGCAGGAGCGGCAGGAAGUGCACAUUCAUGAGGGGACCUUCAUUGAGAAUGGCCAAUGGGAAAUUAUCCACAAGCCUUCUCGGCUAAUCCAGCCUCCCACAGAUCCUAAGGGAGGCUGGGAAGGACAGCGUGAAGAAGUCACUUUCUACCUCAUCAUUCGCCGGAAGCCUCUCUUCUACCUGGUCAACGUCAUUGCCCCAUGCAUCCUCAUCACUCUUCUGGCCAUCUUCGUCUUCUACCUGCCACCAGAUGCAGGAGAGAAGAUGGGGCUCUCGAUCUUUGCCCUGUUGACCCUUACCGUGUUCCUGUUGCUGCUGGCAGACAAAGUUCCUGAGACUUCCCUAUCUGUCCCCAUCAUUAUCAAGUACCUCAUGUUUACCAUGGUCCUCGUCACUUUCUCCGUCAUCCUCAGCGUCGUUGUCCUCAACUUGCAUCAUCGCUCACCGCACACCCACCAAAUGCCCGCUUGGGUCCGCCAGAUCUUCAUCCACAAACUCCCUCUGUACCUGGGUCUGAAGAGGCCCAAACCCGAGAGAGACCUGAUGCCGGAGCCACCUCCUGUGGCCCUCCGGGAUUCUCCAGGAAGUGGCUGGGGUCGGGGAACAGAUGAAUAUUUCAUCCGGAAGCCACCGAACGAUUUUCUCUUCCCCAAACCCAACAGGUUCCAGCCUGAGCUGUCUGCCCCGGACCUGCGGCGACUUAUCGACGGUCCGACCCGGACUGUGGGCCUGCCUCCCGAGCUACGGGAGGUCGUUUCCUCGAUCGGCUACAUCGCCCGCCAGCUGCAGGAACAGGAGGACCACGACGCGCUGAAGGAAGACUGGCAGUUUGUGGCCAUGGUAGUGGAUCGCCUUUUCCUGUGGACCUUCAUCAUCUUCACGAGCGUUGGGACCCUCGUCAUCUUCCUGGACGCCUCGUACCACUUGCCCCCCGCCGACCCCUUUCCUUGAGGACAGAGGGCCAAGACGCGAGUCCUCGGCUAGCUGAGCUGAGAGAGGGCAGUACUCCCAAGCUGAGAGCGGGCAGUACUGCCCCUUUCUCCCUCUCAACUCCACUAGGAAUCCAGGCUUCGCAUAUCAUUGCCUCUCUAGGGAGAGCGCCCAAGGGGGACGGGGUGGAAUGAAGCCUUGGGCCCCAACAGAAAUGCACUAUCAGUUUAUUUAUUUGGUUUCUUGUAGAAGUUUCUUUGGAUAUCAACGCUAGGUUGCUGGGAAAAUGGAACAAAGAAUGAGAAGUAGAUUGUACGCUCUAGGAGGGCAGGGACUGUGUCUUGUUCGCUGUAAUAUCUCCAGCACCUGGCACUGGGCCUGACCUAUGGGAUAGUAGGUGCUUCACAGUCGUUGAGUGAUUAAGGAUUUUUCUUUCCUGGAAGGAAGUACACCAGUUAUUAUCAGUGCUUAUGUUUGUAUGUUGAGACUAGUGUCAUUCUCUUUGUUUUUACUUUUCCGUAAUUUAUUGUUUUGUAGUAAGUGAAAGGAUGCAUUUGAGGGGAGAAAAGAGCACUUUAAAAAACUUCAUUCAGGUUCCAGCUUUGGUGCUCAAACUUUAGAUAGGUACUAAAUUGCUCUGGGCCUGAGAUUCCAGGACUGUAAAAUGGAGCUAAGAAUAGUAUCUGUCCCCAAGUCUGACGGUCAUAUGAGACGGGAGCUCUACCCAGUACACAUCAGAGGUUGCAAACUGAUGUGUUUGUGUGACCAGUGUUGUUGACCUGCACAAUUUUUAGUGUGAGUUAGCUACUUUAAAAAUUCGGAUAUUGCACAGAGAAGUUUGUAUUUCUGGCUUCUCUCGAGGAAAAAAAAAUUAAAACUGGUAACACCAGACCCGAUUCCCCUGUUGGCAGCAAUCUGCUAGGGCCAUUUGAGUGUGGCUGCCCACCCUGGUCAAGGUAUUUGUUCCAGAAUUCCUCAAACCAGCCCCCCACCCCCACCCCCACCCCGCCCUGCCCAGUGGACCAGCUUGGCUUGUUUUACCUGCCCAUCCCUCCAAAACAUUAGACAAAAUUAAGGGGAGGGGCAUGGUGAUAAGCAGUUGAAGACAAUGAGAGGCCAGGAGUAGAAAAAGAAAAGGUGGUCGUAUCUCACGACCAUCCCUCAUUUUAUGCCCACUGCUUUUCGAUUUGGAGAACGAGUGGUGCCAGGUGUAGCGGACAGUAGGAUCCUGUGCCCAGCAGGCUGUGCGAACUGGGCUGAGUUAAUGUGUCUGCCUGGAGGUCAGACCAAAGUCAGCUCGAGCACUAGCGACUGCAGCCAUUACAGGGAGGUGCGUGGGGUCCCCAAGCCCUCAACCUCCUCGGCAGCUGGAGGCUGUGCUCUCAGGGAUCAUCCAGCCAGCUCCCAAGGGGGGACAAGGAAAGCACAUCUCCGUCCAGCCCGCUGCCAGCCCCGCAAAGAACUGCACUUGGCAUCUCACUGCGGAGCACAGUUUGUCUGUCUUGUUGGUUUAUUGGCCUAGAGAGUUGGACACACACACAGAUGCGGAGAUAAAUAUUGGUCAGUUUCUCUAAAUCUGGGUCCUCACUACAUAUAGAACUACAGUCUGUAGGAUUCUAAACCUUGCGUGCUGUGGCACAGAGCCAGUGGCCUUUCCACUCCACCAUCACCCUUUUCCCCAGGGAGCACCGGGAAAGAGGGCACAAACUGACAAGACUUGAAUCAUUUUCCAAAGACGAAAUUGCAAAAUCCCAAAUUUCCAAUGUCUGAAAUUCACAAUAUUAAGUUCCCCAGCUCGGA